AUGACGAAAUACGUGCCUUAUGUACUCUCCAUCGUUUUAAUAAGUUUCGUGGUUCGAACUUCUGCAAUUUGGUGCUACCAAUGCGUUUCCACACAGCCGGGCUGCGGCACCCCCUUUAACUGGUUGUUUCAUUGGACUAAAGUGUGUCCCGAAGACGACGAUGUCUGUGUAAAGAUCCUGGAGGAGAAGGAUGGCGAAACUGUUAUAACCAGAGACUGCUUGAGUUCCCUGCAAGGUAUUCGAACCGACAUUCCUGCAGACCAUUACGAAGGCUGUAGGCCAGCUGCUGUAGACGUUAAAUUAGCCAAUUACGUAAACAAUAGCGUCAAGGAACUGGAUAUUUAUAGAAUCUCUAGGCCAGUGUUGAAAAUUUUACUAGCCCAACAGACUUUACUUUUGGAGUAA